AUGGUGAAACUAAUCCACACAUUAGCUGAUCAUGGUGAUGAUGUCAACUGCUGUGCAUUCUCCUCUUCCCUCUUGGCCACUUGCUCUUUGGACAAAACAAUUCGCCUGUACUCCCUCAGUGACUUUACUGAACUGCCCCACUCACCAUUGAAGCUUCACACCUAUGCUGUCCACUGCUGCUGUUUCUCCCCUUCAGGACAUAUUUUGGCUUCCUGUUCAACAGACGGUACCACUGUCCUAUGGAAUACUCAAAAUGGAGAGCCUUUGGCAGUGAUGGAACAGCCCAGUGGUAGCCCCGUGAGGGUUUGCCAGUUUUCCCCAGACUCCACUUGUUUGGUGUCAGGCGCAGCUGAUGGAACAGUUGUUUUGUGGAAUGCUCAGUCAUACAAGUUAUAUAGGUGUGGUAGUGUUAAGGAUGGCUCCUUGGUGGCCUGUGCAUUUUCUCCUGAUGGAAACCUCUUUGUCACUGGCUCCUCGUGUGGAGAUUUAACAGUGUGGGAUGAUAAAAUGAGGUGUUUGCAUAGUGAAAAAGCACAUGAUCUUGGAAUUACCUGCUGUGAUUUUUCUUCACAGCCAGUUUCUGAUGGAGAGCAAGGUCUUCAGUAUUUUCGAUUGGCAUCAUGUGGUCAGGAUUGCCAGAUCAAAAUUUGGGUUGUUUCUUUUACCCAUAUCUUAGGUUUUGAAUUAAAAUAUAAAAGUACACUGAGUGGGCACUGUGCUCCUGUUCUGGCUUGUGCUUUUUCUCAUAAUGGGCAGAUGCUAGUCUCGGGAUCAGUGGAUAAAUCUGUCAUAGUGUAUGAUACUAAUACUGAGAAUAUACUUCACACAUUGACUCAGCACACCAGGUAUGUCACAACUUGUGCCUUUGCACCCAAUAUCCUUUUACUUGCUACUGGUUCAAUGGACAAAACAGUGAACAUCUGGCAAUUUGAUCUGGAAACACCUUGCCAAGCAAGGAGCACAGAAGACGAGGCGAAGCAAUUUCCUGAAGACUGGUCAGAGGAUGAUGUUUCAGUGUGGCUUUGUGCCCAAGGUUUAAAUGACCUUGUUGGUAUUUUCAAAAUGAAUAACAUUGAUGGAAGAGAAUUGUUGAAUCUCACCAAAGAAAGUCUGGCUGAUGAUUUGAAAAUUGAAUCUCUAGGGCUGCGGAGUAAAGUGCUGAGGAAAAUUGAAGAGCUCAGGACAGAGGUGAAAACCCUUUCUUCUGGAAUUCCUGAUGAAUUUCUAUGUCCAAUAACUAGGGAGCUUAUGAAAGAUCCUGUCAUUGCAUCAGACGGCUAUUCAUAUGAAAAGGAAGCAAUGGAAAAUUGGAUCAGCAAAAAGAAACGUACAAGUCCCAUGACAAAUCUUGUUCUUCCUUCAGUGGUACUUACACCAAACAGGACUCUGAAAAUGGCCAUUAGCCGAUGGCUGGAGACACAUCAAAAAUAA